AUGGAUUCCCGAGCACCGGUUGGUUAUGUUUGGCGAUACAUGUUACAACGAGUUUGGCAAGAUACACUGAGCGGUAUGCGUAAAGUUUGGCAAAAAGUCUGGCGUCAAGUUCCGCAAACUGCUGACUCCUCUCCCGCAGUACGUAAUAGAUGGGAUACGCAAUCAAUAACCUACUCGGAUUGCGAAGCAUUUUUCGAAGCAGUAAGCAAAGGCUCGAUAAAGAAAUUAAACAAAAUGUUCUUCAAGACGAACGGACCAGAAGUGACGGCUGAAUUAGCAAAAUCAUACAACGAACAUGGAGAAACACCUCUACUAAUGGCCACUCGUCUAGGAAAAAAGAGCAUGGUCCAAUUUUUAUUACAACAAUUGCAAGUACCUGUUAGUCAGCAUGGGCGAUUUAUGUGGAACGGUGUUGAAUACCCGCAAGUUCCACCAUUAUUCGCAGCUAUUCUUUGCGGGCAGACACAUAUAAUCACCCAUCUGAUUGAGGCUGAGAUACAAUCUGGACAAACAUCGAGUUCGAUUAGUUCCAUCGUCUAUAGCACCAACGACCGACAUCAAAAGAUAAACAUAUUGGAACUAUUGGGAGCUACUUACCUGUGCUUUUGCAACAUACACGGAACACGAGAGCUCGGGCUGGUCUGCUGGGAAAAAGCCAUUAAUCUUCGUAAUGCGACCACUGACGGAUGGCAGGUCAUACCCAAACCUGAGGUCCCGUUUUCGUCUGACAAUGCUCGUAAAGCUAUGGGCUUUACAUUUGAAUUUACCACACAAGAACAACUGGAGCAAAUCAACGCAUCAGACCUUCAGCUCUUUACUCAGAGCGUUUUGGUUAGCCAGCGAAUUAUGCACAGCAUCAGUCCCGGAGCCAAUCUGUUUAGUCUUUCACACCUCUGCCAAUAUGUUAGCAUACAACCGGACAAUCGAGAAGAAUUUACAUUUGCCAAUCUAAUGAUUGCUUUCGAGUUUGCUAGUGACUAUGCUGUUACUGGUCUACAAUAUAGCAAACGUAGCGAUCGUACAUCGUACGAUAUAGCACGCAACAUCUUGGAGAUGGUCUUGUUAAUUGUUGAGAUGCUUCCACAGUUAGAUGCUCACGAAAGUCACCAAUUCAAACGUUGUCUCUACCGUUUCCUUCGUUACGACCGUAGAUGGGGUUUGGAUUACCAAAAUUUCUUGCACAUGAUUUGCCGUUGUGAAGAUCCAUUGCAAUAUUUCAGCAGACCUCCUAAUUGUGCCUAUGAAAGCGAUGAAGAUGAUAGCGAAGAUGAUGAUGAUAGCGACAACGAUGAUUAUAGCGACGACGAUGAUGAUAGCGACGACGAUGAUGAUAGCGACUCUUGUUCAUGUGUUAGUGAUGAUGACGAAACUGAUGGAUCUGUUAGCGGAUGUUCUUCGUGUGGCUACCACGCUGAUAAUGGCGGUCCUAACGACAACGAUGAUGAUUUUGACGUGGUUCGUUUUGAAGAUGAUGAACAUUUUUUGGACGUGAACCUUUUUGAAGAUGGAAUAGAAGAGGAGCAAGUUUUGGAAACACCCUCUAAGGAGUUGCAGAUUGCCGUAAUUAGGUUGUUCUUGGAACUUGGAGCUGAUCCUAAUGCAAAGGAUGCUGCCGGAUUAACACCUCUACAUUGGCUGAGCAUGUAUUCUAAGGAUUUUGGCCAAGCUCAGGUGGUCAUGGAACAUGGAGGCCAUAUUGAUCAAGCUGAUUACAACAGGCAAACACCUCUGAUGCACUUUAGGCAAUGCAUAGGCAAGGCAUAUGCAAUAGGCAGAUUGCCCGAUCCUCGCCUUCAAGCUUUGCUUCACACCGUUUUGCCACUAAGUUGUUUGGCAGCACAAGUCCUGCGCCAAAAUCAAAUUCUAUUUGACGUGAAGGAGAUUCCAGCUACUUUGCAUUCAUUUGUUCGCCGUCAUUAA